AUGGAUCAAGUCUUUCACGAGAGUGGGUUGGACAACUCGGUGGAUGACUCGAUCAGGAAGGCCUAUAUCAAGACGAGAAUGGGCUCUGAGGGCCAGGAAGAGCUCUACGCUGAGCUGCUCGACGUGAAUAUCCUCCCAUUCGACUCCGAACGCGUGUCGUCGGCCAUGUGGUACGCGGCGAAGCGGCAGUACAGCAAGAACAGCUACCAUUCCUACCAGGGUGUGGAAGGGAGGGAUGAUACGAUUGCGGUGAAAUACCGGAGCAAGUCUCAGCGGAGGGGUGUCGAAGCGUGGCUGGAUGUCAUCAUGGUCAUGCGCUGUUACGCGGAGAAGGAUCGACUUGCGAUC